UUUCGAAAAUGCAUCUUGAGAAAAUUGAACACAUUCAAUAUUCAUCAUUGGAUUUAUGUGGCAUAUAUCCGUGUAUGCAUUGUCAUCAUCAUCAAUGUCAACGAAUGACAUUAAAUCCAUCCAAUAGGCUAAACAACAAUCAUUAUGUUCAUGUCGGAUCAUCAUUUUCAGCAUAAUAGUGUUGUUAGCCGUUGAGAAUAUAUCUUUUCUAACCGACAACGACAUUAUCGUGAUCAACAAAUGAUAAAUGAUGAUGAACAAAAUGCCAACCAAACAAGCCAUUCGAUGAUGAUGAUGUAGGUAGAAAAAUCUUGCCAUACACAUCCAUCGAAUACAUUCGGGAUAAUGAUGAUCAACGUGUAGCUUAUGAAGUUGCUGCUGCUUGUUGUCAUUAUUUGUCUUGUUUGACCUGAUCCUCUCUUUUUUAUUAGAUUGUCUUCGUUUAUGAUCAUGUUUGAGUAUGAACCAGAUUUACCAUUAUCAAAUUUUGGAACAAAAAAUAUAAAUUUUAUUAACAUUGUCGGCUUGAUAGAAUUAUUAUUGACCAAUUAUACAAUUCAAAUUCUCUGAUACUUAGAAUCUAUCACAUCGGUAGUGGUAUAUUUCGUUAAUCACGAAUUUAAAGAAAUCAAUCGGACGGAUACGGAUUCGAUCAAUCAUAUACCGCUCCCUUUUUUCGGGAUUUUAUUCGUCUUUUUAUGCUACUUCCUUUCUAACAAUAAAAAAAAUAUGGACAAGUCAAUUGAUGCAAAUAGUAUCCACUCUGAUAUCCUAAUACACACUAACCUAUACAAACAGAGGCGGUCUAUUGACAUUGCUACUACUACGGAUGGCUGAAACGAGCAAAAAUUUUUUCCCAAAAAGAUAUUCACUUCAGACAGACACUCAAGAAACUUUUUUUUCGUUAGCCAGCAAAUGUCUUGAAUGUUUGGGAUUCAUAGUCUCGAAUACAAAGAAGAAAAAGAAAAACCAGCUUAGAAUCCCCCCUCAACUUUUGAUUCUGUCAUGAAUAAAUCCAUUCACUCUUUUCUUCCGAUCAAAUAUAGUGAUUCAUUCAUUUGAAAUUAAAAUUCUUUUUGUGUGUGUGUGUGUGUGUUUUAUUCAACAUCCAUGUUAUCGUUUCAUAAAUAUUAUAAAUUCUUUUGAUAUUCCGGCAAAGAAUUUUUUUCAGCCGAUUUUUUCCUCGACAUCAUCAUAAUCAUUAUUCGAAAGAUAAGCAAACCUAGCUCACAAUAAUCAUCAUCAAUUUCAAAUUUUUAUAAUUCUGUUUGAUUAUCAUUGUCGAUUACUGAUGAUGACCAUCGAAUCAAUACAACAAUGAUCAAUGGUGUUGAUGGUGAUGAUCAUCAUUGUAAAGUAUCAUCAUCAUCGUCUAAACAAACAGAUCCACGAUCUGAAUAGCUUCAAGUCUCAUUGUUUGUGAUAAAAAAAAAAUUCAUUUUUUGAAAGUAAUUCCAACGAAAUUUUAAUAAUUGGUCGAAGAUAAUUUUUAUAAUUUAACCCAAAAAAAUGUGGAGCAUGAUGUGUGAUGUGAUGCCCACCAUCAGUGAAGAUGGCAUCACACAACGUACCGGUCAAUUCGGUGCAACAUCGGCAGCCGGUGAUGAGGCCAAUUUCGAACAAUUAAUGGUCAAUAUGUUGGAUGAACGAGAUAAACUAAUGGAAUCAUUACGUGAAACACAAGAAGAAUUGAACGAAAUUAAAACCAAAUUGACCGAAGUGGAAAAAGAACGGGAUUCCUUACAACGUCAGCUUUCAUCGCAUAUGCCUCAGGAAUUUACCAGUUUAACACGAGAAUUAAAUCAAGCACGUGAACAAUUACUGGAAAAAAAUGAAGAGAUUCAAGAACUUAAAGCUGAACGGAAUAAUACAAGGCUUCUACUUGAACAUCUAGAAUGUCUUGUAUCACGACAUGAGCGAUCUUUACGUAUGACCGUAGUCAAACGACAAACACAAUCACCAGCCGGUGUUUCAUCCGAAGUGGAAGUACUCAAAGCGUUAAAAUCUUUAUUUGAGCAUCAUAAAGCGUUAGAUGAAAAAGUUCGUGAACGAUUACGUGUGACAUUAGAAAAAGUGUCCACAUUAGAAGAUGAACUAAGUCAAGCGAAUGAAGAAUUGAAUAAAUCUAGGCAGAUGCAAUUACAACAACAACAACAGAUUGAAAAUCUAAUGCUUGAAUCAAAGAUUCGUUAUAAAGAAUCGACAGCCAAUAAUGAUCAACAAACGGAUGCAAAAAAAUCAACAGCAACGACAAAUAAUCAGACAUUAAAUAAUGAAGAUAAUUCUAUUGACGAUGAUUCAUCAUCGGCAACUCGAAUAAAAGAUCUACAAUCUUUGAUCGAUAAACAAAAUAAUGAAAUGACUACAUUACGUAAUCGUUCAGUAGAAUUAACAGCUAAACUAAAGGAUUAUGAAGAUCGUAUCGUCAAACAGGAUAAAGAAAUGGCACAGCUAAAAGAAGAUAAUAUUAGAAUGUCAAGAGAUAUGAAAGAAAAUCUAGCACAAAAAGAAGAUCAAGAAGAAAGAAUCGCGACCCUUGAGCAGCGAUAUUUACAUGCACAACGUGAAUCGACAUCAUUACAUGAUAAUAAUGAAAAAUUACAACGAGAAUUGAUUAAUAAAGAAGCACAGCUAAGGAUUCUGGAAGAUAAAUUCAAUUCCUUAAAGGAGGAAAUCCGUAUGCUAAACGAAAAGAAAAAAUCCAAACGGAAAAAUAAGCGUAGUUUUCGAUUGGAAGGGGAAAAUGGUCAAAAUAUCAAUAAUCAAGAUGGUGAUGCUCAUCUUGAUGAUGAAAAUGAUCACGACGAUGCAGCUGCUUCUGAUUCUGAUGAAUUAAGCGAAGAACGUAAACGGUCAUUUGAAGAACGAGUUAUGCGUCUCGAACAACAAUUAGAGGAAAAAUCUGCCGAAUUAAAUCGUGCUCGACAACGAGAAAAAAUGAACGAAGAUCAUAAUCAACGUCUCUCAGCUACUGUUGAUAAAUUAUUGGCCGAAUCUAAUGAACGUUUACAGUUACAUCUUAAAGAACGAAUGUCAGCGCUGGAAGACAAAAAUACGAUGACACAAGAAUUGGAACGUAUUCGCAAUCUAUUGGAUGAAACACAAAUGGAAAAGGGUAAAAUCCUUCAAGAAUUAAGUAAAAUGCGAAUAGAAAUGGAGAAUAUGGCUGCUCAACAACAAUCACAACGAGGAAUGUCACCAUCAUCGGCCAUGGCCAGAUUCCAUCAUUCAUCAUCAUCAUUUUUAAAUCAUCAUCAAACAACGGCUCCGACAGCAACAGUAAUGUCAUCACCAUUAUCAUCGCCACUAUCUGAUGCAGCUAGUUUAUCGACAGCCAAACAUAUUGGCGGUGGAUCAUCACAUACUGGUGGUGGAUCGACACCAUCAUCAAUGGUACAAGCUGCAGUUUCGACAGCAGCAAAAAAAGAAUCGAUUUGUGAAACCCAAGCUGUAGCGAAAAUUGAACAAGACAAUAGAAUAUCGCCAAUAGCAGCCGAGGGUCAUACCGCUGAUGUUGAAUGCUGCAGCCAAAUAACUAAUGAAUCCAAUCCAUUUGAUGAUAUUGAUCAACAAUUAGAUCAGAUAAUAUCAUCCUCAGCUGCAGCCAUAUCACAGCCACAUCUUCAUCACGGCCAUCAUCAUAUACCAACAUCACAUCAUUCUCAUACUGACCCACAAACAUUAGCCAUUAUGUUACAAGAACAAUUAGAUGCUAUUAAUAAUGAAAUACGAUUGAUACAAGAAGAAAAACAAUCCACUGAACAAAGAACAGAAGAAUUAGAAUCACAAGUUGGCUCAAUUGAUUCACAUAUGAAUAAUUAUCUUACCGGUUUAGGUUCAAGCCAUUUUGGUACUGGUCUUUCACCUCCGCAAUCCGGUACAUCCACACCUAAAUCAACAUCGAUGAACAUCAUGAAUGCAGCAUCAGCAGCAUCAAUAAGUAAUUUUUAUCCAGCAUUGACCACUGGUCAUCGUCAACCUUCAUACACCGGAUUGACUUCCGAACGUGAUGCAUUUUCGCAUUAUGCAUCGCCCCAUCAUCUGGCUGGUUAUACGAAUCCUAAUUGGAAUUCAUCAAAUUCAUCAUUACCAACUGAUGUUUAUCAAAGAGCAUACAAGACAAAUCAAGGAAACCAAAUGAAUCCGUAUGUAAUGGAUGCAAUCGAUCAAUCGGGUGGCGCAACACCUCGUCAUUUAUCUCCAAAAUCCUCCCAACCUUCGAGUAUGAAUUUUGCCGGAGCCACAGCUAUCGAAUCAGUGAACAAUAAUGCAACUACAAUUGGUGGCAGUAAAAAAUCUCCAUUUAAUCAACGUGUGAUUAAUGUAUCCAAUAUGAGUGAUUAUGCUACAAUUGGAUCACCAGUUGGUGGCAAUUAUCAAUCAGUCAAUACAUUAGUAUCACCAACCGGAUCCACAGUUUCCUCUAUUCCAUAUUCUCCAUAUGGUUAUAUUAAUCCAACUUCAUUCGGAUCCAAUACAUUGAAUUCAAUUUCCUCUACCGGUUCUACAACGACGCCAACUACUAAGAAAAAAUUAAAAUCUUCAUUAGUUGGUCGAUUAUUUUCCAGUUCUUCAUUAUCAAAAAAGUCUUCCUCAACAGAUAAACUAAAAUUACAGAAUACAAUGACCUCCCAUAAUCAACUUCCUCAGACAAUGCUCGCAGCAAAUCCAUCGAAUAGUUUCUAUGGUAUAGGUGUUGCCAAUAGUCCAAGUUUUGCCAGUGAUUAUAGUGAUUAUAUGAGCCAUGGUGAAUUAUAUGCUAGUGUUACUAGUUCAGCUAAUUCAAUCUUGGCAUCACCGGUGGCUACACGUGCUGAUUAUGAUCGUCGUACAAAGAAAAAACAUGAAUUAUUAGCCGAAGCUAUGAAAGCCGGUACGCCAUUCGCCUUAUGGAAUGGUCCCACCAUUGUCGCCUGGUUAGAGUUAUGGGUCGGUAUGCCUGCAUGGUAUGUUGCUGCUUGUCGUGCCAAUGUUAAAAGUGGUGCUAUCAUGUCAGCCUUAUCUGAUACGGAAAUUCAACGUGAAAUCGGUAUUAGUAAUCCAUUACAUCGACUUAAAUUACGAUUAGCCAUUCAAGAGAUGGUUGCUCUUACAUCACCAUCAGCUGCAGCUAAACCAACUGUCACUACAGGUUUAGCCUAUGGUGAAAUGAAUCAUGAAUGGAUUGGAAAUGAAUGGCUGCCAUCAUUAGGUCUAUCACAAUAUCGUUCAACGUUCAUGGAAUGUUUGGUUGAUGCGCGAAUGUUAGGUCAUUUGAGUAAAAAAGAUAUCCGUACACAUUUAAAAAUGGUCGAUGCGUUUCAUCGUACUAGCUUGCACUAUGGUAUUGCUUGUUUAAAGAAAUUAAAUUAUGAUCGUAAACUAUUGGAAGAUCGACGACGAAAUAGUGAACAUGAUAUCAUUGAUGUUCUUGUAUGGAGUAAUGAACGUCUAAUACGGUGGUCCAGUAAUGUUGGCCUUAAAGAAUUUGCCAAUAAUCUAACAGAAACCGGUGUACAUGGUGCAUUGAUUGCAUUGGAUGAUACGUUCGAUGUCAACCACAUGGCUAUGGCACUUCAGAUACCACCGCAAAAUGUUCAAACGAGACAAAUACUAGAGAAUGCAUUUAACGAGCUUCUAAUCAAUGGUACUGAACGUAGGCCAAACAAUAAGAUUUGUAUUGCUGGUGGUGUCGGUGGCUCAUCAUCAUCAACAUCGGUUGCGGCCGGUAGAGCGGCAUCAAUUGUCGCAAUCGAGCCAGAUCGUUUAGUCUAAGCUCGACGAUCCGAUUUUGAUUGUCACAUUUUUUGUUACUGGAUUACCAUUCAUCUUAGACGCAAUUUAUUUAAUUAAAAACUAACCACUUUGGCUUUUGAAAGCA